AUGCUUUUCUUCACCCAGUGCUUUGGGGCUGUGUUAGAUCUUAUUCACCUGCGGUUUCAGCACUACAAGGCAAAGAGGGUUUUCUCAGCUGCCGGGCAACUUGUCUGCGUCGUCAACCCAACGCACAGCCUAAAGUAUGCACCGACCCGCUGUGCAGCUGCGCAGACGUCUGCGGAGCAAGGCGUCCUCCCUCCCUGCCAUCACCACGAAGCAGUACAUGACCCCCAGCUGGUUCCCUGCACAUGCCCGCUCUUCUCCUGCCCAUGGGAAGGGCACCUGGAGGUGGUGGUGUCCCACCUGAGGCAGACCCACCGCAUCAACAUCCUUCAGGGGGCAGAGAUUGUCUUCCUGGCCACGGAGAUGCACCUGCCUGCACCCACGGACUGGAUCAUCAUGCACUCUUGCCUUGGCCACCAGUUUUUGCUGGUCCUCAGGAAGCAGGAGAAGUAUGAAGGCCACCCCCAGUUCUUCGCUACGAUGAUGCUGAUCGGCACGCCAACCCAAGCCGACAACUUCACCUACCGGCUCGAGCUCAACAGGAACCAGAGGCGCCUUAAGUGGGAGGCGACCCCCAGGUCGGUACUGGAGUGUGUUGACUCUGUCAUUUCGGAUGGGGAUUGUCUUGUGCUGAACACUUCCCUGGCUCAGCUCUUUUCCGACAACGGAAGCCUAGCGAUAGGAAUUGCAAUAACCACCAGCAAAGUUCACAAUGCUGAAGCUGAAAUGUGAGGGGAAAGAGGAAGAAGAGGAGGAGGAGAAACAAUGGUGCUCUAGCUGCCUUGUGAGAGCCAGAACUUGCGGACUUUUCGGGGGGGUCUCAGGUCUUUUAUGGUAUUUAGUACUCGUCCACAGUGGGCAUUAUGUAAACAUCCUGUGGUUACGGUCUCUGUGUAAUGUAUUUACCGUUUUGUUAAUACAAUUUUAUGAG